AUGAUCGCCCCUGGGUCGUCCAACGAGCACAACUUUGGUCGCCAUGGCGGCAUGCAAUUCAAAGGAGACAACUUGCUAACAACCAUGGUGCGCAGGCUUGAAGCUGCCACAAGCCGUCUGGAAGACAUUGCGAGCACGUCCAUUCCGAACGGAGAUGCCCCCAGCGGUCUGCCUACCGGCGCUCCUUCUACCCUCGUAGCGGGAGACGCGACGCCGAGCCCCAGUACUACACCCAAGCCGCCCGUGCAGAGCGCGCCGCCCGCCAUCGAGGCGUUUGAUGAGCUGGUGGAUACCGAAUUGAAGAACUGGCUCGAGCUGAGUGGCAACUUGGGUGAUGUUAUUGGCGGCCAGUCCAAAGCAGUACAGCAGGCUUUUGCCGCGCAGCGACAGUUCCUCUAUAUUGCGAACAAGGCAAAGAAGCCAGAUGAUCGCACCAUCAUGGAGUUCCUCAAGGACCUGCAAGCCAGCAUGGAGAAGACGGACGAGUUUCGACAGAGCAAUCGCGAGGCAGCCCUGAAAGAUCCCCUCGCCAUGGUCGCUGAUGGUGUUGGGUCGCUUGGCUGGGUGACUAUUGGCGUAGGUGGAGGCACAAAACCGCAUGAGUACAUCAAUGAGCUCUUUGGUGGCGCGCAAAUGUACGGCAAUAAGGUCCUCAAGGAGUACCGAGACAAGCCGGAGAACAAGAGCUUUGUCGAAUGGGUGCAGGCCUAUUACAAGCUAUUCAAAGCUCUGUCCGAGUACGCAAAGAAACACCACGCCAGCGGCGUGGCUUGGAACAGCAACGGCAUCGAUGCCAAAGAAGCUGCCAAACAAGUCUCUAGCACUCGCUCUGGCGCAUCAACCUCGGGCAUCCCACCUCCACCUCCCGCCCCAGCAGGUGGAAUCCCACCACCGCCCGGUCCUCCCCCUCCACCAGGACCCCCUCCUCCACCGGGCGCUGCUCCUGUGGCAAAGAAGGCUGCACCAGACAUGAACGCCAUCUUCGGAGACCUGAACAAGGGCUCAGAUGUCACAAAGGGACUCAAGAAGGUCGACCCCAGCCAAAUGACGCAUAAGAACCCGUCGUUGCGCGCGAGUGCACCUGUUCCGACUAGAAGUGACAGUAAUGGCAGUUUGCGGAGCAAGAGUCCGGCACCCCCAAAAAAGCAGAAGCCAGAGAGCAUGCGGACCAAGAAACCGCCAAAGAAGGAGCUGGAUGGAAACAAGUGGAUCAUCGAUAACUUCGACUCGCCCACGGAAAUACUCGAAAUUGACGCCGAAAUCAACCACUCGAUCCUCAUCUCGCGCUGCAAAAACACAACGAUCCGCAUCAACGGCAAAGCAAACGCCCUCUCUUUGGACAACUCGUCUCGUACCUCGCUCAUCAUCGACUCGUUAGUCUCUUCUGUCGAUGUCAUCAAGUGCCCCAACUUUGCGCUGCAAGUACUUGGCACGCUGCCUACGAUUUUGCUCGACCAGGUUGAUGGCGCCCAGGUCUAUUUGUCAAAGGAGUCGCUACAGACUGAGGUGUUUACCAGUAAAUGCUCGAGCAUCAACAUCAGUUUGCCCACCGAAGAUGAUUACGUCGAGAACCCGGUCCCAGAACAGAUCCGCAGCUAUAUCCGAGACGGAAAAAUUUACAGUGAAAUCGUCGAGCACGCUGGAUAG